AUGGAGUCAGCCCCAGUUGUCGUUGUCGGCGCAGGGCCUUCAGGGCUCGUGUUUGGAUUAUGCCUUGCCAAAUUCAAGAUACCGUGUAUCAUCCUAGAAAAAGAAAGUGACAUAACCGAUGAUCCGAGAGGCGUCUAUCUUGCCGGAGACGCCUUGCGUGUUUUAUGGAAACUUGGGUUGGGAGAUGCAAUGCCAUCGAUUGGACAUGAAUUGGACGCGAUAUAUUACCACCCAAGCUCAUUCAAGGCACCGCCGUUUUUGACCAUCCCGAUUGCGCAUGAUUGGAUGGGACAUACCAUCCCAGGUGGUAUCUUACAGAGUCAGCCAAAACUCGAGCGCGCGCUUAGGGAUGCCGUUCAAAAGUCUCCGUUCUGCACUCUCCGGCCAGGCUGUGAAGUCGUGGACCGAGAAGAAAAUGAUGACUACAUGAUCAUAACCUACCUCGAUUUGGAUAACAAUAUCAAAAAGAAAAUCAAAACGCAAUGGCUCAUUGGUGCUGACGGCAAGCGAGGCGUCGUGCGCAAAAAGUUCCUUGAACCGAAAGCAGGUAUAAAGCAAGAGGAUGGAAUAUUCCGUUACGAUGGGACCUGGGUGGCGGCAAAUCUGCAUAUUUCUCUACCUACACCUGAGACGCAUCCUGACUUGGGUCUCUGGAAACUUGGUUUUACGCCGCAGCAGGUUUAUGAUGUGUUCUGGCCACAAGGGUGGCAUUUCUGUUCGCCGCCUGGAAAAGCAACUGCCUGUGGAAGAUUUGGACCACAUGAGGACCGACUUUGGAGGCACGAAUUUGCAGAGCCAGAGUGGAAUGAUUCAAUGAAUGCGGAGGAACUGCUCUGGGAUCAUCUGACGCCAAUGAUUACUCGAUCGGAAGAUAGCUCUGGGCGGCAGUUUGGAAGCGAAAUCACGUAUCCGAUAGACUGUAUUGAGGUUUUAAGAUGUCGCCCAUUUCGCUUCACCCAUAAAGUUGUGAACAAAUGGUUUGAUAAUCACACAGUGCUGAUCGGCGAUGCCGCCCAUGUGUUCCCUCCGUUUGGAGGACAGGGUAUUGCGUGUGGAAUUCGAGAUGCGGAAGGCCUUGCAUGGAGGAUUGCAAUUCUGGCAGGUAUAAAAGAGCCUGCCCCUUCGAAGACUUUGAGUAACAACCUUUUGUCUUUAUGGGCAGAAGAGAGGCGUAUGGGGGUCAAGCUGUCGAUGAAACAAACAAUGAUGAGUGGGAAGUUAUGCAAUGGAACUGCAGGCUGGUUUUUUUCGUCUAUUGCACCAAUGCUGGUGUAUCUGUUCACGUCGCCGAUAUUCUACAAUCUUCCAUCCCCAAUGUCUCGAGGCGAGACUUUGGGCUACCAAUUUGCGAAAGAUGGGUUUUAUCUGAGACAAUAUGCGGGGGGCAAAAAACUUGCUCAGAUAUAUGGCGUUGCUGAAAUCGCAGCCGAUGGAUCCUCAAAAUCUCCUACGCGAAGAAAAAUGUUAUUAUCAGACCAUAUUAUCCAUUCUGUGCCUACAGCUCUCACGCUACUUGUGUGUGACAGAAUUACGCCCCAGGAAAACUCGCAAUUAAAUAGAUUGCUGGAGGGUGGUCCAUUACACCCAUUGAUCCUAUCCAAGCAAUCAGUCAUCCACUUCUAUCCCAAGUACAUUCAUAAUAAGGAAAGCUCACUAAUUGCAGACAAAGCUCCUUCUAUCUCAUGGUCUCCAAUUCCUUCUGAACUCACAAUGGGCUCAGUUCUACGGCCAGGAUACAAUCCUCAAACCUUUCAGAAUCGUCUUGGAGGGGCGAUUUCAAAAUACGUCAUUAUCAGGCAAGAUAGUAUUGUCUUUUCGGUGGCAAAGGAUCUUCAACAACUACAAGACUGCUUGGAUAAUCUAAAUGCUUAUGUCAGUGCUUAA